GUUUUUUUUCCGUCGUUUGUUGGCAACUUUUUCUCCUCAACCAAACUGAAAGCGACUCUGAAGUGAAGACUGAAUAGACUCAGUUUUGUCUCUUCCUCCGGCUCUCUGCCAAGUUCAGAAAAGAAAAUGAAAUUCCUCGUACUCGUCUCUGCUUCCGUCGCUCUCGUCGUCGCCGUUCUCGUUCUCAAUCCCGGCCACCAGUGGCGGUGGAGUUUGUGGAAGUCUCCGGUGGCGGACAUGGUGGUGAGAAAUGCCAAGAUAUACACGAGCGACGAGUCUCUCCCAUUCGCCGAUUCCAUGGCUGUUCGCAACGGAAGGGUUCUUCGUGUUGGCAACUACUCCUCCGUCCAGGAUAUGGUUGGAUAUCGGACUAAGGAGCUCGAUCUUAUGGGAAAGAUUGUCGUCCCUGGAUUUAUUGAUUCUCACGUCCAUCUCAUUUUUGGUGGACUCCAGAUGGGGCGUGUGGAACUACGAGGCAUAAGUAAAAAAGAGGAAUUUCUGAGGCGGGUCAAAGAAGCAGUGAGAAACGCAAAACAAGGUUCUUGGAUUUUGGGUGGUGGAUGGAACAAUGAUUUUUGGGGAGGGGAAUUGCCAGCGGCUUCUUGGAUUGACGAUAUUACACCUUACAAUCCUGUUUGGCUAUCAAGGAUGGAUGGCCAUAUGGGCUUGGCUAAUUCAGUGGCACUUAAGUUGGCUGGCAUUACAAAUUCAUCAGAAGCUCCAAUUGGUGGAACUAUUAUGAAAACAACCAGCGGAGAACCUACUGGACUGCUGAUUGAUUCAGCAAUGAAGCUUCUCCUUCCAUCCAUUCCAGAGGUAUCAGUAGAGGAGCGGAGGGAAGCUAUGCUUAGAGCCAGCAAUCAUGCCUUGAUGAGGGGUGUAACAACAGUUGUUGAUUUUGGUAGAUAUUUUCCUGGGGCAUCAGCAAAGCAAUCCUGGGAAGAUUUUUCAGAUGUUUAUCAAUGGGCUGAUUGUUCAGGGAAGAUGGUGAUCAGGGUCUGCUUAUUUUUUCCCUUGGAGACUUGGUCACGGUUACAUCACCUUGUUAACAAAGUUGGACGUACUCUGAGCCAAUGGAUUUACUUGGGCGGUGUUAAAGCUUUUGCUGAUGGCUCACUGGGUUCAAAUAGUGCACUGUUUUAUGAGCCAUAUGCUGAUGAGCCUCAUAAUUAUGGCUUGCAAGUGACGGAUAAUGAAAGUCUCUUCAACCUGACCUUGACUUCGGAUAAAGUUGGGCUUCAGGUUGCCAUUCAUGCCAUAGGUGAUAAAGCAAAUGAUUUGAUCCUUAACAUGUACGAGUCAGUGUUUUCAACAAAUGGAGUAAGGGAUCGAAGAUUCAGGAUUGAGCAUGCCCAACAUCUAGCACCUGGGACACCAGCCCGAUUUGGUGAACUCGGGAUUGUUGCUUCAGUACAGCCAGAGCACCUAUUAGAUGACGCUGAAUCUGCGACAAAAAAACUUGGGAUAGACAGGGCUCACAAGGGAUCCUACUUAUUCAAGUCACUCUUGGCUGGCAAUGGACAGUUGGCACUUGGUUCUGAUUUUCCGGUCUCGGAUAUUAAUCCUUUAGGUGGUAUUAAGACAGCAAUGAAAAGGAUUCCCCCUGGUUGGGAUACUGCAUGGAUUCCCACUGAAAGACUUUCUCUGAAUGAGGCAUUGAAGGGGUACACUCUUUCAGCAGCUCGCGCAUGCUUUCUUGACAGUGAUUUGGGAUCUCUAUCGCUCGGAAAACUGGCAGACUUUGUCAUACUGUCCACGGAUUCGUGGGAUGAUGCCGUAGCUGAAGAAUCUGCAUCAGUUGAAGCAACAUAUGUUGGUGGCGUACAGGCCUAUCCUUAAAAGCGCCAACAUUUUAGGUCGUAAGUGUGCAGAAGAUAUAGUUUGUGAAGGACAACAGGUGUUUGUAUACUUUGUAUAAAGUAUGGUGCGAUUAAAGAUACGCAUUUGUUUACCAAGUAGUCAUUAAUUUAGUGACAUUUAUCUUUCUAAUAUAUUGAAAGAUACAAAGUUCAACACUCUC